AUGCGAGGCGCCGAAGAAGGUGACAUGUGCAAAACGGGUGGAAGCAUUGGCCAUGGCAGUGCUGAUCUGUGGAAACCUUAUACUUCUACAGAUCGUGAAAAGCACUUAGAAAUGGUAGAAUCUUACCUUUCAACCCUGCCGAAAAAAUUAAGUUAUCCAGUCGUUCAUAGUGAGAAACUUGCAUUUAUGGCUGAGAAUGGCAUACGUCAGUUGGGAAAACCGAGAAUCGGGAUGUUUGCUGAUCGGGUGAAACCUGAUCCACUGCACUGUGAAAUAAAUGCUUGGCAGCAUAUCUUAGAUUUGCUUUAUAGUGAGUCGGUUCGUAGGCAUGCUUUUGAAAAAUUUAUUGCAAUACUCUCUGCUCCCAUUGGCAUAAGCACAGCAAAUUCCCCUGAUGGCGAAUCUUCAUCUGCAAGCCAUUCUUCUGAUAAUUCUGGCGUAGAAGCUGUAAAUGAGGACGAAAUUGUAUCUAUUGAAAAAACUGGUAUUAUGGGUGCAAGUUGUCAGGAAGAAGGUGAAAGCAAAAAGUCAAGCCUUUCACCAGGGAUGAUAAGGCAAUUUUCUCUUUUGGAAAUGAAUAAAGAAGUUGCAGCAGAAAAUAUGACAUCUAUGUUAGAAAAUUCACAAUUUACCCUUUCUAGUACAAAUUCUGACGUGCAUGGAUGUGGUCUUUCAUAUCUGUCAACUAAAGUGAAAGAGCACUAUGAUGAUGAGGCUAAACGUUUUAAUAAGCUUAGUGUUAGGCUUGUUGGGGCACAAGCAAUUGCUCUUGCAAGACAUUGCUACAGGCUUGUGGAUGCUCUGCAAACACCAAGUGAAAGUCAGGGUGAGAAAUUAAGAAGGCUAGCACUUGGAAAAAUAGUAGAGUAUUUACGAAAUGCUGGAGGGUUGUACAAUAAGAUUUUUGUGAGCAAUCCUGGGGAGAUCUCUCAAUUGGAGGAAUUCUGCCAACUCUAUUUUAAUCUGCUUGCAUUAUUCUUUCCAAAUAGUGUAAAUGUCACUUUUUGGACAAUAGCCUAUGCUUUGCCUUAUCAUGCAAAGCAGUUAUAUGAAAAUUAUGGAAUUGGAUUUGGAAUACUCUCCUUACAAGCAAAAGAGUCCAAACAUGCUGGUCUUAAAGCUGAACUUUUGAUGACAAAUCGGUCACGAAAUAGCGACGGCAAAGGAAAGUGGUGGCAAUUAAUGCGGGCUAAUUACAUCAGAUCUUUCUAUUUGCCAGAGCAUCAACCUUCGCCUCCCUCUUAUACAUCACAUUUUAAGUCACACAAACCUCCUCAUUGCGAAUUUCCAAGGUUUUGUGGUUGUGGGAGGGGAAAAGCUGAUGAGGAGCACACACAAUGUAAGGUGUGCAGUGAGAGUUAUCUUGUUGUAAGCUGUGCACAACAACAGAAGCUUUUGCCUGAAGUUGUUGCUAUAUUCAAACCAUGUGUUUGUACUUCAUGUGAUGUGCGGUUUGCCGACAAAGCAGGGUUGAAAGUUCAUCAACAAUCUUUCCAUCGCACUACAUCAGCCACUGCAGUAAAUCCAAAGCAGUCUUUGAGAUCUUUGUCUGUUGACAAUCUUAGAAGGCUUUUAAGGGAAAAAGGUCUUUCUACCUCUGGCAAGAAGGAAAUUUUGUUGAGACGCUUGGAAGGUGCAACCUCAGGGGAAUCAUGA